CCCCGCGAGGCUCGAGCCCACCUUCAGAGAAGAAGAAAACGCCACGCGGAGUGGCCGCGUUCUGCCUCCCUCGAACGUCUGGAAGAGCCCAGCCCCGGGUCACGCCAUGGAGGAGAGCAUCUUCGCAGCCAACUUCUUCGUGGUGGAGAACGUCCUCGACCACUUGGAGACCGAGGAGCUGUUCACGUGCGCCGAGGUGAACCGGCUGUGGCAGGCGGUUGCCCUGUUCCUGCUACGCAGGAAGCUGGUCUCCGUCUCCGUCUGCUGCACGCCGGACUCGGAGCGGGCUACCCUCGCCUCAGCGCUGGGAAGCUCGCACGUGUGCGUCGACAUCUUCUGCUCCAAGUUCUCGCGCUUCCGAAACAUCGCGCGCAUGGCCGGACUGCGACCAUCCCUGGUGUUCCUGUCCCAUCACGUCGACCUCAGUGAGGACAAGCGAGCGGUGGAGCGCCUGCGCGAGUUCCUGCCCCCGGGCUCCGUCAUCGUGUAUUUCAAGUUGGAGCUCGUCGGAACCGUGAACGGCACCGAUGACGUCAUGCACGAGGGCAUCUUCGGCGAGUUCUUGUUCCACGCCGAGGAAGACGGGUCCGCGGAGGGGCAGAGGACGGCUUCCGAAGAGGCCGAUGACCUGCUGCGGCAACCAUCAGAUGGCGCCAUCCCCGGGCCGUCGACCUCGACGUCUGGCUCGAACCACGAGUGCUGGCGACCCCGUGUCCAAGACACGCAGUCUGCGCCGCAGCUGGGCCUCGAUGCAGCCCCGCCUGGCCCGUCCACCGCAGUGGGUGCCCCGCUGCCCUCGUGGCCUCACCGUCCGCGUCUAGCGGCGGCGGUGGGCGGCGAACGAGGCGCGUUGUUUCGCAACGUGCUCCCGGGCGUGCUCGUGUUCCAGGCGCUUCACGUGACCGCGGCCAACCUCGAGGGCAACGCGGUGACCUCGUACUUCAUGGAGGAGGCCACCGGAAGGACCGUGCAGGUGACGUCGGCGGCUGUCUUCAGCAUCAUGCAGAGCAGCCAGCUGGAGCCGUUCAUGCGCCGGUUGAGCGAGCAGUUCGGCUCGACCAAUGACACGAUCGCCGUGGCGUUCCCGCGAAAUCAGGACGAGGCGCUCGGCGAAUUGGAGGCGUUCGAGCGCUACUUCCCCUCGGUGCCAGCGCUGGCCAAUCAAGCGACAGAGUUCAACGUGGACGGCCAGUACGCGCCCAUGAGCAGGCUCAAGAUGAUACUGCUGCUCAUCAAGCUGCUCGACUGAGGCGGUAUCGCAAGUGAGACGGAGCUUGGUCACCAGGCCCUACGCCGCCCGCCGACCGCACCCUCUGAACUGAAUUGUAUAUAAUACGUAAUACUAUAGAUAUUACCAUAAAGAGCGCCUUAUUUGCGCAACUCACGGGCGAUGUUCGAUCGAUUGCUUGCCUAUUUAACCAAUUCGCAGAUACAUUAUAUACCUAAUCAUGUUGCAUGAACUUUGCAUAAACGUUGGUAAACAGUUGUACGCGGUUUUAGUAGCUAUAACAUUCUUUGCAAGUACGGGUAAGUUGAACCAGUUAAUGCGACGACCAUGGAAGUGUUACUGAGUUUACGUUAAUCCUAUCAUGCUCGUGGUCAUUAAGCCCUUCUAAUAGACGUCUGUUUCCUGCAGUUGACAAGGUCUGUGUCAGCUGCGAGUAUGAUCGCGUAAACAGACAUGGCCAUGUCCGUGGAAACGUUUACGAGUUGACGUAAAGCCUAUUAAGCUUGCGCUAUAAUGAUACUGUCUGUUAAACGCCCAUUUCAAACAGCCGACACGGUCUGCGCGCUGUGCGUACGUGCGGAAGACAUUGCACUCACUCGCUCUUAUUCCUGUCGUGUUUGCGAACUGUUUCGGAGCGAGCCUAUGCAAGUUACUGUGGCGGAAUUAGUGUUUGUUAGCUGUGCCUUCUGUUG